CAACACUGCAGCGGAGGCGGUCAGCCUUGUCGACGUUACAACGUUGUAGGGACGUCGUUCCACUACUACUACUACAACAACAACAUCAAGUAGAAGCCACUAUCGUUGUCCUCUGUUCUCUCUCGCAAGUGAUUUUUGACUGGGGGCGUAAGAGCAUAUGCUUUGCUCUCGCACAGUCGUGGUUCAUGACAUUAUAUCCGCAACAAAUCUAUGCCGUUGACCAGUGGAACCUUGGUGAACUUACGCGUGAUCAUCUUCUAAUUAUUGAUUCUCGAGCUGGCUUUGCUCCCCGAUCCAAUGAACGCCCGCAUUCGCCAUCAAUUGAAGCAAGACAAACUCAACGAUGAGGGGACUCCACAUCGUAUUGCAUGAUAUGACAGGCUAUGAAGAAGCCCAGGAUUCUAAAUUCCUCAGAAUACAGCCUUCAGCACCCUGUUCCCUGUUUACAAGCCUUCCGAUUCGGAAGACGGUCUCGCCUUCGGCUUCCAAGAUCUUUUUGACCUCACCGGAGGCCACAUCGGACACAACAAGAACCAUGCCGAUACCAUUGUUGAAAGUACGGCUCAUCUCUUCGUUACUGACUUUGCCUGCCUGUUGCAGCCACUUGAACACCGGGGGCCGAUCCCAGGUGGACACGUCUAUCUCAGCAGCCAAAUGGUCUGGCAGCAUUCGUGGCACGUUUUCGACGAGACCACCACCUGUGAUAUGUGCCAUGCCUUUGAUGAAGUCUCGUUUGACCACCUGUAACAGCGGCACGACAUAAAUACGUGUCGGGGUAAGCAGGGAGUAUCCCACGGUCGUUUCCGAGUUCCAUGGUGCAACGUCUGAGAAAUUCAGAUGCAUCUUUUCGAUGAUGCGCCGCACCAGCGAGAAACCGUUCGAAUGAAUACCACUGGAAGCCAGACCAAAGAGGACGUCACCUGCGACCAUGCUUUCCAUGUCCGGCAACACUUUCUUGCCGGCCGGGAUGUCGACCGCACCGAUUGCGGCGCCGACGGCAUCAUACUCGGUGCCGUUGAGGAGACCGGGCAUCUCGGCCGUUUCACCUCCCACCAGUGCGCAGUUGGAGAUUUUACAGCCUUCGCACACCCCUCGGAUGAAGUCACUGGCAAUGUCAACGUCCAGAACGCUGCAUGUAUAACAAUCCAAGAACAUAAGCGGCUCUGCGCCUUGCACCACGAGGUCGUUUACGUUCAUGGCUACCAGGUCAAUGCCGACGGUAUCGUGGACAUUCAUGGCGUGGGCAAUCUUGAGUUUGGUGCCGACGCCAUCGAUGGCGCCGACCAGCAUGGGGGACUUUUCGUUGUACCCAGCUCUUGCAAGGUCAAACCCACCGCCGAAGCCCCCGAUCACGGAAUCGGCGCCGGGCCGCGAGGUCGCCUUGACUGCUGGCUUGAUUCUCGCGACAAGGUCGUUUCCUGCAUCGAUGGACACUCCGGCGGAGGCGUAGGUCAACCCCGCCUCUUCAGGUUCCGUUUCUUGCGCCUGUCUCUUGAACGCGCGAUGGGCGAUGUCUUUGCGGAAAUGCAUUCCCUCGAACUUAAUGGUGUCCAUCCCCUGGUAGGCUUUGGCAACGGCUUCUUCCAAAGUUGCUGCAGUUGCUGUCGAGGCAAUCACGCGGCCUCCGGUGGUGACGACCUGUUUACCGUCCCUACCGGUUCCAGCGUGAAAGACAAGUACGCCCUCCGGAGCUUUAUGCAGAGUGAUGGGUCUGUUCUUCGCGUAUGGACCUGGAUAGCCUUCGGAGCAGGCAACCACCGUGGCAGAAAACUUGGGUUCGAUCUUUAACUCCACGCCAUCUAGCCAAUGUUCUGUGCAGGCUAGCAUGACUCUAGCGAGGUCUGUAUCGUCGCUCAAGAGGGGCAGUAAAGUCUCGGUUUCAGGGUCGCCUCCUCGAACAUUGUACUCCAACACCUUCGGGCCGUUCUUGGUGAUCAUCAGUCCCGUGAAAAGCAUGCCCACGAAAGGCAUGGCCUCCCUUCGCAUGCCGUCAAUGGUAGGUUGGACAAUUUCCCGGUCAAUCUGCGCGAUCAAUUCUUUGGAGGCAACUCUCGUAGGCGCAUAACAGCCCAUGCCUCCGGUGUUCGGACCUUGGUCCCCAUCCAGGGCGCGUUUGUGAUCCUGAGCAGGAGGCAGCGAUCUGAUGGUAUAACCGUCACUGAAGCGGACCCAAAUUCCCGGGCAACCAUGAUCUGCUUCAAGGCAUCAUGGGCCUCUUGCUUUGUUGUAGGAAUAAUGACGCCCUUCCCGGCAGCCAGGCCAUCUGCUUUGAUGACAACUGGGUGAUUGACCGAAUCGAGGUAGUGCCGAGCCGCCUCGUAGUCGGUAAAGUUCCGGAAGGCAGCAGUUGGGAUUCCAUGUCUUCGCAUGAAAUCCUUUGAAAACGCUUUCGAUCCUUCCAUGCGGGCGGCAGUUUUGCUGGGGCCAAAGCAGCGAAUACCAACCGCACGGAAAAAUCCUUCCACGCCAGCCACCAGCGGGGCUUCCGGACCAACGAUCACCAAGUUGAGUCCGUGCUUCUUUGCGUGCGCGACCAGCUCGGUGAAAUCGUCGGCGGCAAUGUUCACGUUAACGACGUUGCCGGACUCGGUCCCUCCAUUGCCGGGGGCCACGUGGACGAUAUCGACCGACGGUGACCUUGCCAGCUUCCAAGCGAGGGCAUGUUCGCGCCCACCAGAGCCGAUGACCAGGAUACGCAGCCUUUCCGCCAUGGUUGGAGAAACAGCUGUUCGUCACGUCUAGAAGGACAACAGAAUGUUAGUUAGGUCAACGCUGUGGCCCACCCAAACUUGAAAGUCUGCCAACUAGGAAAUAAUGAGCAAUUGAGAUGAGCGCAAGGCAGGCGAAGCAACCACAACUUUCAAAUCUCGACUAUCAUAUCUCCACGGUCCGGCAACGACUCUUGAUGACUUUUCUCAAUGCUGGUUGGCUGGAAAAAAGUAGCACAUGCAUAAGGGAAACACAAGGCUGUCAAGAGCGCAUAGCACUCACCUAGUAAAACGGGUUAUACCGAUCACCAACGGACGAUCACAAAUCAACCCGCAAUAUCACAGGCUCAGCAUGGUGUUCCCGUAAUCUUUUGUCCAUCUGGGGAAGAAAAUCUAGAACUUGAGCCGGGGACAAUUUGAUGCCAAGGCUGAUAGAAAAGUUUUGUCGAGUUUGAUUGGCUGCUUUGGUAUAGCAAGCUCUACGGCGGAUUGCAGCGUGUGUGGACCGCAGUUCUGAUCAAGCGCAGAGCUUGAGCACAGAGCCUUGUCAAGCCCGAAAAAGGGGGGUGCAACGAGGCUUGACGCCGGAAUCGGGGGAAGGGGAGCAUCGCUCGAGCAAACGCCUGGCCGUAUGCGUUAUCAGCAACUUGAACCGUCUACUGCUGCACAGCACAGCACCGUGUUAUGCAAGGGGUCCUCCCCACAGGUUCGUCCUCGCUCUGUCAUUGGCCGCUCGACCACAGGCGAGGAUUUUCCAAUCCCCAACUUGAACGAGUGACUGUCCUUCGACCAAGCUUGUGCUGCGAAUUGAGUCGACGGAUACUAAUACUACUGGAGCGGCGCUACAACAGUUCAAAUUCUCCAACGUGGGCGAAUACUACUGCCAGAGAACACGCAUAAGCCCAGCAAGUAAGACCAGUGCAUUUUGAAACCGGAACCGUCAUUUCACGGCUCUAUCGACGCGCCGCUCCUCCAUUUAUAUUUGUGAAUAGCCCUACUGAGGGCACCAACGACCUCAGCCAUGUAUCUGAUAAAGGUACCAUGCUCAUCCGCCAACAUCGGCCCCGGAUUUGACGUUAUCGGCCUCGCACUGUCAAUGUACCUAGAGCUCCGAGUGAGCGUGGACAGCAGCCAACCAGCGGACCCAUCAAUCCCACUCAACUGCACGGUAUCAUACACAGGAGUAGGGGAGGAAGAAAUCGACCUGAACCCAGCCAACAACCUCCUGACGCGGACGGCACUAUACGUUCUACGAUGCCACGACCAGCACGACUUCCCGGCCCAGACGCACGUCCACAUCCACAACCCGAUCCCUUUGGGCCGCGGACUGGGUUCCUCGGGCGCCGCCGUGGUCGCCGGCGUCCUGUUGGGCAAUGUGGUGGGCAAUCUGCAACUCUCCAAACGCCGACUGCUCGACUUCUGCCUCAUGGUCGAACGCCAUCCGGAUAACGUCGCCGCUGCCCUGUACGGCGGCUUUGUCGGCACCUACCUCAACGAGCUCGACCCGGCAGACAUGGCUCGCAAAGAGGUCCCGCUAUCCGAAGUGCUUCCCCAGCCCGCCGGCGGCGUCGACACCGGUUUGACUCCGCCCAUCCCGCCCGAAAACAUCGGCCACUAUCGAAGAUUCAACUGGGCAAAGGAGAUCAAGGCUCUGGCCAUCAUCCCGGACUUUGAAGUCAGCACCGCAAAGGCUAGAGAGGUCCUGCCCAAGACGUACUCGAGGCAAGAUAUGAUCUUCAAUCUACAACGUCUCGCCCUUUUGACCACCGUCCUCGGCGACUCGCCGCCCGACCCGGACCUCAUCUACAGCGCCAUGCAGGAUAAAAUCCACCAACCCUACCGCAAGACCUUGAUCCCCGCCUUACCCGCCAUUCUGUCCUCAAUGUCCCCCAAAACCCACAAAGGCCUCUUGGGCAUCUGCCUCUCAGGCGCCGGCCCCACAAUCUUGGCCUUGGCCACCGACAACUUUGAGGCUAUCGCCAAUGUCAUCAUCCAAAGGUUCAAGGACGAAGGCAUCAGUGCCGAGUGGAAGAUCCUGGAGCCAGCCGAAGAUGGAGCCACCGUACAAGAGGUCCCUGGGGAUGUUCUGACAUAUUUACGAGAGAUCAAACAGGCAUGAUAUGGCUCCCUGAAAACUAGACGCCUCAAGCUGGCCACGGGGGCUACAGAUGCAAUCUCGAAACAAAUUCAACCAAUCCAUGGCCAUCAUGAUCCCAGAGACACGAUUGGCGGAACCUAAACUUGCUAGCAUUGCAUUCUAGACACUAUUGGGAUGGUGCUACUCAUUGAGAUGUCAUCUUUUUCUCAAUACAUGCUUCAAUCGGCCUGAUCCCCCAUGGUGGAUCAGACGCCGCUUUUUCGCACCAUCUUUGGAUCUCAAGUGAUAUUCGGCUUGCACCACUUAUUUUGCUUUCCAUGGUUCUAUGCUACGCUCCAUUUGGUUCCAUUCAUGAUCUUGACGUCGUUCACUGCUGUCUCUAGAAAAUUGCUGCGUUUCAGGGAGGAAAUCAAGCAUUCCAGAAUGCUCGAAAAGGAGUUUAGAAGCACUUGCGGUGGACAAUCGAAGGACCACUCUCGUCGUACUCCUGCUUGGAGAUCCACAUCUGCUGGAAGGUGGACAGGGAUGCCAAGAUGGAACCACCAAUCCAGACCGAGUAUUUACGCUCAGGCGGCGCAAUGAUUCUGACCUUCAUGGAAGAUGGGGCCAGAGCAGUGAUUUCCUUCUGCAUACGGUCGGCAAUACCUGGGUACAUGGUUGUACCACCGGACUAAAAGAGCGUUAGUACGUGAGAUUAGGCGGGUGUAGUGUAGUGGGACUUACCAUGACGAUGUUGCCGUACAAAUCCUUACGAACAUCCACGUCACACUUCAUGAUGGAGUUGAAGGUGGUAACAUGGAUACCGCCGGAUUCGAGACCAAGGACGGAUGGCUGGAAGAGAGCCUCGGGAGCUCGGAAUCGCUCGUUGCCGAUGGUGAUGACCUGACCAUCAGGGAGUUCGUACGAUUGCUCCAAGCGAGAGCUCUGGGAUGCGGUCUGGAUCUCCUGCUCAAAGUCGAGAGCAACGUAGCACAGCUUCUCUUUAAUGUCUCGGACAAUUUCUCGCUCAGCAGUAGUCGAGAAAGAGUAACCGCGCUCAG